AAAUCGACUCCCAUUUCAUAACUAACAAAACUAACUUUAUCCACUGAAAAACCCCUAUCCCAAACAACAGUCCCACCCAAACCCCCAAAAUGCAAACCCUCUCCUCCUUCACCACCUUCCUUCCCCUCCCACCAAAACCCCUUCUUAAACCCCACAAAUCCAUCAAGCCCUUCAAGUUGAAGCCCCAUCUCCUCCGCUCCUACUCCUCUGACGAGUACCCGGUCGGCGACGACGACGCCUUUCUCGCCUCCUUCGGCCCCAAGGAGAAGGAGUCCGAAGAGGAAGCUCGGAGAAGGAACUGGAUUGAGAGGGGCUGGGCUCCCUGGGAAGAAAUUCUCACACCCGAAGCGGAUUUCGCGCGCAAAUCCCUCAAUGAAGGCGAGGAAGUGCCCCUUCAGACCCCUGAAGCCAUCGAGGCUUUCAAAAUGCUCACCCCCAAGUACCGGAAGCAGAAGGCCGCUGAAAUGGGGCUCACAGAGGAUGAGUACUUCGUGAAGCAGUUUGAGAUUAAGGGAGAUAUUCCGGAGCCGCUCGAGCCUCUGUGGAGUGGGCCUCUGGUGUUGGGGCUGGUUCCUCCCAGGGAUUGGCCUCCGAGGGGGUGGGAGGUUGACAGGGAGGAGUUGGAGUUUAUUCGAGGUGCCCAUAAGUUCUUUUCGGCUUUGAGAGUUGAUCCUGAGAAGGUGGAGGAGAGGUUGGAGAAAGGGACGGAGAUGGAGGAUAUGUGUUUGGAGAGGUAUAAUAUGUUCUUGAAGCAAUACAAUGAGUGGGUCGAGGCAAACAGGGAUCGCUUGGAGGAGGAAUCGUAUAAGUACGACCAAGAUUAUUACCCUGGAAGAAGGAAAAGGGGAAAGGAUUACAAUGAGGAAAUGUAUGAGCUUCCAUUCUAUUACCCCGGACUGAUAUGUUCAGGUAAAGUAACUGCAGUACAUCUUUAUCAAGGAGCAUUUGUCGACAUUGGAGGUGUCCAUGACGGGUGGAUUCCUAUAAAGCGUAAUGAUUGGUACUGGAUCCGACAUCACAUUAAAGUUGGGAUGUGCGUCCUUGUUGAGAUUAUAGCUAAAAGAGAUCCUUAUCGUUUUCGAUUUCCUAUAGAGCUACGGUUUCUCCAUCCGAAUAUAGAUCACCUAAUUUUCAAUAAAUUUGACUUCCCCCCUAUAUUUCACCGAGAUGACGAUGAGAAUCCGGAUGAAUUACGUCGUGAUUGUGGAAGACCUCCGAUUCCUAGAAAGGAUCCUGGAAUAAAAUGGGAAGAGGAACCUUUAUUAUCAAACCACCCAUACGUCGAUGAGCUAUGGAAGAUAAAUAAUGCUGAACAGAUGAUCUUGGAUGAUAUGGACGCAAAUCCUAAUAAAUAUAAAGGCAAAAGCUUAUCAGAAUUGACUGAUGAAGAAGAAAUUGAUGAAGAAAACAGCGUAGAGUAUGGAAAAGCUAAAUAUAAGAACACGACAGUUCCCAGAGUGACUUUGAAAGUAAGCGUAAAAGAACUUAAUUUGGAAGCUGCACUAGCUGAGCGUCAGCUGCAUAACAAACUAAGGAAAGAAGCUGAAGAACGAGGAGAGACAUAUAAAAUUACCAAGUUGAGGCGAAAUGAGGAAAUGGAUGAAUACGACCUUAUCCAUUGGCGUAGAUCAUUCGAAGAAAGAGAAACUCUCCUCCGAGAUAUAAGCUGCCGUCAAGCUCUGGGGCUUCCAUUAGAAGAGCCAGGCAGGUAUGUCGACCCGAGCUUCUUUGGAAAAGACCGAUACGAUCCUGAUAGCGCAUUGUAUCGUUACGACUACUGGGGGGAGCCCAAGAACUCUGAGAAGAGCAAGCAAGAACGCAUGACGGAUACUCACAACAAAUCAAUAGUUGGCAAGGGAACCGUUUGGUACGAAAUGUCGUAUGAAGAUGCCGUGAAGCAGCAAAUGCAGAGGGAGAAACUUGGGAUCAAGCCUGAGCAGUAUGAAGCAGAUGAUUCGGACAGGGACCCUGAAGAGGAAGAUGAUGAGGACGACGACGAUGAUGACUUUGAUUACAGCAUUCUGGGUUCUACGAGUGCCGCUGUGUCUAACCAGCCUCAUGUCAAUGGCACUGAAUCUCCGAGAUUGUCGGAUGAGGGAAUGUUUGAGGAUUAGUUUUGAGCUGAGGUUGCGAUAUCAUUUUUGUAGCUGUAUAGAAUAUAAACUGUAUUUCCGUGUCCACAUAAUAAAAAGAUUAUGUGGUAAAUCUCAUAAGCUUUCAUGGGGAGUUAGUAUAUAUUUGAUUUCAUCUUAA